UCCCUCCAGGCCAAGGAUUAAAAACUGCCCAUGCAGGGGUCAGGCCUACAGCAGACCCUGAAAACUGACCCUCUCCCCAAGUGAGGAGAGGCUGCAAGGGAAAGGGAGGGCCAGAUCCAGGAGCGAGGGAGGGGAGGAGAGGCAGCCUGGCCAGGCUGCUGUCCCCCCACAGAGCCGGCUCAGAUCCUGCUCUGGGAGCAGCUCAGCUGCGGAGACAACGGCAGCCCCUCUCCACCAGCAAAGGACAGCAGGCAGACAGACACACAGACAGAGAUCCUGGGACUGGAAGUCCUCGGCCCCCAGCCACUUGGCCAGGCCUGGCCCCAUGGCCUUCAAUGACCUCUUACAGCAGGUGGGGGGCGUCGGCCGCUUCCAGUGGACCCAGGUCAUCCUGGUGGUCCUCCCGCUUCUCCUGAUGGCCUCCCACAACACCCUGCAGAACUUCACUGCCGCCAUCCCCACCCACCACUGCCGCCCACCUGCUGACGCCAACCUGAGCAAGGAUGGGGGGCUGGAGGCCUGGCUGCCCCGGGACAGGCGGGGGCAGCCUGAGUCCUGCCUCCGCUUCACCUCCCCACAAUGGGGACCACCCUCAGCCAAUGGUACAGAGGCGAACGUCACAGGGGCCACAGAGCCGUGCACGGAUGGCUGGAUCUACAACAACAGCAUCUUUCCUUCCACCAUCGUGACUGAGUGGGACCUCGUGUGCUCUCACAGAGCCUUACGUCCGCUGGCUCAGUCCUUGUACAUGGUAGGGGUACUGCUCGGAGCCAUGGUGUUCGGGUACCUGGCAGACAGGCUGGGCCGUCGGAAGAUACUGAUCUUAAACUACCUGCAGACAGCCGUGUCAGGGACCUGUGCAGCCUUCGCACCCAACUUCCCCACCUACUGCACCUUCCGGCUCCUCUCGGGCAUGUCGCUGGCUAGCAUCGCCCUCAACUGCAUGACACUGAACAUGGAAUGGAUGCCCAUCCACACCCGGGCCUGUGUGGGCACCCUGAGUGGCUAUGUCUAUAGCCUGGGCCAGUUCCUCCUGGCCGGUAUGGCCUACGCCGUGCCCCAUUGGCGCCAUCUGCAGCUGCUAGUCUCCGCACCGUUCUUCGCCUUCUUCAUCUACUCCUGGUUCUUCAUCGAGUCUGCUCGCUGGCACGCCUCCACUGGGAGACUGGACCUCACCCUGAGGUCCCUGCAGAGGGUGGCCCGGAUCAAUGGGAAGCGGGAAGAGGGGGCCAAGCUGAACAUGGAGGUGCUCCAGGCCAGUCUGCAGAAGGAGCUGACCACAGGCAAAGGCCAGGCCUCGGCCCUGGAGCUGCUGCGCUGCCCCGCCCUUCGCCAUCUUUUCCUCUGCCUCACCAUGCUGUGGUUUGCCACUAGUUUCGCCUACUACGGGCUGGUCAUGGACCUGCAGGGCUUUGGGGUGAGCAUCUACCUAAUCCAGGUGAUCUUUGGUGCAGUGGACCUGCCUGCCAAGCUUGUGUGCUUCCUUGUCAUCAACAACCUGGGUCGCCGGCCUGCCCAGAUGGCCUCACUGCUGCUGGCAGGCAUCUGCAUCCUGGUCAAUGGCGUGGUACCGCAGGACCAAUCCAUUGUUCGAACCUCCCUUGCUGUGCUGGGGAAGGGCUGCCUGGCUGCCUCCUUCAACUGCAUCUUCCUAUAUACCGGGGAGCUGUAUCCCACAAUGAUUCGGCAGAUGGGCAUGGGGAUGGGCAGCACUAUGGCCCGAGUGGGCAGCAUCGUGAGCCCGCUGGUGAGCAUGACUGCCGAGCUCUACCCCUCCAUACCUGUCUUCAUCUACGGCGCCGUCCCUGUGGCUGCCAGCGCUGCCGUCACCCUCCUGCCAGAGACCCUGGGCCAGCCACUGCCUGACACGGUGCUGGACGUGGAGAACAGGAGAGGGAAACUGAGGCGACAGCAGCAGGAGCAGCAGAAGCAGAUGGUCCCGCUCCAAGCCUCUGCACAAGAGAAGAAUGGACUCUGAGGACUGGGAAGGGGCCUUACAGGAACCUAAAGGGAGUGCAGGUCCUGCAGGCCCUGGGCAUCCACACGAGGAGGGGAGAGGGAGGGCUGCAGCCCAAGCGCGGGGGUUGUGGUUCAGGGAAAUACCUCCCCAAGGGUCCCCCUCCCAAAUAGGCCCCAACAAGACCACAUCAUUAAAAAGUCUGACU